AACGUUAUUGUAUAUCCUUGGGGGCAGGGCCUCAGUGGUGUUCCUGAUGUGCCCCAUGCCGCCGACGUGUCGCUACCAAUAGCAGAGGGCAGCGGUGUGGGGAAACUAAAAGUGCCCCCUGUGAUUCAAAAUCACCAAACCAAGAGGGAUGAUCUAACCAGGCAGUCCUACCAGGAUACCGUGUUGCUGACGUUUAGAUUUCAUCUGACCGAAUUGACCAACACCGAGUGGGAAGCGGUCCUGUGGCAGGGCAGACUGUACGUUCAGGUGCCGAGCGGGAUCCUGCCCGAAGGGUCCAAAGAAACGUUCGUCUGCCUGCUGGAAUACGCCGAAGAAGACCUCCGCUGCACCCACAUCGUCGUGUGUUUCGAGAAGAACCGAACGGAGAGAGCCGUUCUCGUCCGCACUUUCAUGUUUCUGGGAUUCGUCACUCUGGCUCCGGGUCAUCCGUUGGCUCCUCGCGGCGCGUCCGAAGACACGCUGUACAUGGCCUACGCCGUGGAAUAGGAUUCGGUUUCCCCACACUCUUCGUCUUCGAAGAACCGCUUUCUGUCCGACCGUGGCUAGACACGUUUCCGUAUGUAAAAAAUUAUAUAUAUAGAGUCAAUUCUCCGCAAAUUAUGGUAGCCGUUAGUAUUUUCGUGGGUAUCGACCGUCUAGCACAAUGUGUAUAAUUUUGUGUCUAAAUAAAAUAAUUUCCAUUAAA